UCUUCUCGUCCGUGUUUAUACAAUGGGGAAGGUGAGCAGCAGCGCAAACUGUUGUGAUUGAAGGAGUCACACGUCUGAGUUUCGACUCGGUCACGUCGGAGGUCGGCUGAAGAAGAGAGCACCCGGCGGCUGAAGCGAGAUGGAGAGCAGGGAUGACUUUGUCCUCCGGUCCCGCUGCCGAGCCAUAUCUAAGAUGCCCACCUUCUCUGAUUCAGAUGGCUGUUUGGAUGGGGAUUGCAGCCCAGGAGAACACCGAAAAGGCAAGGGAGACAACCACAUUACCAGCAAUGGAAAAAUUGAAGUGGAACAUAUGAUCAGCAAAAAGCUACAACUGAAAAGGAAAGCAGAGUUCCUGAAGAGUGACCUGAUGCGUCAGUUUGACAGUCAGGUCAAUGACUUCAUGGACAGUCUUAUUGAAGAGUCGGCCAGCCUUGAACCUGCACCUGUUCCUGCUGUUUUCUCACCCCCACUGUCAGACAAGGAGAGGAUCAAACUCAGGCAUUUUCGGCCUCCUCAUGGCCAGGGAAAGCAGUUUGUCAGUCGCAGGUCCCUCCUAGAUGAGCUGUUUGAGGUGAACCACAUCAGGACCAUCUACCACAUGUUUAUUGCCCUACUCAUUCUCUUUAUCCUCAGUACACUUGUGGUAGAUUUCAUUGAUGAAGGCAGACUGGUGUUAGACUUUGACCUGCUGGUCUACGCCUUUGGACAGUUCCCUCUAGUGGUGUGCACAUGGAUCUGCAUGUUCCUGUCUGUGCUGCUGGUCCCCUUCACCCUGUUCCACUUGUGGUCACAGACCCAGUCUGGGUCUUAUAGUCAUCCCAGGUUGUACAGUUUGCUGCUUGGUUCUGUUUUCCUGCUUUACCAAGCUCUGGGUCUGGGAUUCCUUCCCACAUAUGUGGUGGUGACCAACAGUUUGCCCCCUGCAUCCUGCUUCAUCAUCAUCCUGGAACAGGUGCGUCUAAUGAUGAAAGCACACUCCUUUGUGAGAGAGAAUGUACCAAGAGUUCUGGCCUGGGCUAAAGAUAAGACCAGUCCCAGCCCAGUGGUCCCUCAGGUUUCUCAGUAUCUGUACUUCCUGUUUGCACCCACACUCAUCUACAGAGACAAGUACCCCAGGAACCCAGUGAUCAGAUGGGGUUACGUGGCCACAAAGUUACUUCAGGUACUAGGCUGUCUGUUUUAUGCCUAUUACGUAUUUGUGCGGCUGUGCAUCCCUCAGUUUCGCAACAUCAGUCUACAGCUGUUUGACCUGAAGGCCAUGGUCCUCUGUGUCUUUAACUCCAUCCUGCCAGGAGUGUUGGUUCUCUUCCUGGGAUUCUUUGCCUUCCUCCACUGUUGGCUCAAUGCAUUUGCAGAGAUGCUUCGUUUUGCUGAUAGGAUGUUUUACAAGGAUUGGUGGAAUUCAACCUCUUUUGCCAAUUACUAUCGCACUUGGAAUGUAGUGGUCCAUGACUGGCUGUACUACUAUGUGUACCGGGACUUCCUGUGGAUGUCUCAGAAGCGUUUCAGACCAGCAGCCAUGCUGUUUGUGUUUACAGUGUCUGCAGUGGUCCACGAGUACAUUCUUGCAAUCUGCUUUGGCUUUUUCUAUCCUGUGCUCUUCUGCCUUUUUAUGUGCUUUGGAAUGAUGUUCAACUUCAUUCUGCAUGACCAAAGGAAAGGUCCCAUCUGGAACAUAAUUAUGUGGACAUCUCUCUUCUUGGGUCAGGGAGUUAUUAUCUGUCUGUACUCCCAUGAGUGGUAUGCCCAGCGCUACUGUCCCCUUAAGGAGCCUUCCUUCCUAGAGUUACUGAAGCCUCGCUCCUGGAGCUGUCAGAGAGGCUUGAUGGUGGACGCUGAUAGGCUGUGACCUGUAUUUGGACUACUGACAGGGACUAUCGCUGAUCAGUAAAAAUUUGACCAGCCUUUCUGUUACUUUCAUAACUUUAUGUCUUUAAUAUUGUUUUGCACUAAGGUCACGACUAAGUCUGUGUACGAAUGUAGGUAAGAGGUCCAACAAGUAUCUGCCAAAAUGUUCUUUACUCUAACAGCUAAGUCACAUUGAUGCCUUACUUAUUUGUUUUAUGUUUUUUCAAAGGCAGCCCCACAACAAAAUUGCAAGUUCACAUAACCCCCCCCCAUGUGAACUCUUUUAUUUUUAUGUACUAUUUAUUUUUCAGAAGUAUUCCCAUUACUUUUGCCUUGACCAACUGUGAAACCGCUCCCUGUGCCAAUAGAAUCGUGGCAAUAAUAAUAUGGCAGCUGAAUACAAACAUUACACAGUACAAACAAUAUUCUCAUAUGCAGUAAUGGUUAAUAUUUAAUAAGGUUUGCGGCUGCUACUCUAUUAUAACAGAUGUUCAGUGUGCUGCUUGGAAAAACAUUUGAUGUUAUUAACAUUCACUGCCCAUAAGAUUUAUUUUGAAAAACAGCCACUGUUUGGUGUUGUGUAUAAAUGUAUAAGAAACUGGUUUCUGGAGUAUAACUUGCAGUCAACUUCUCUGAAGAAGAAAAUGAAAGUGGCACAAAUUCUGAUGGAGUUGGGAAAUGAUUUUGUAGUAAAUAUGAAAGUAUAAUUUGUGCGUCUAAUGAUUCAGGUGUAUAGCAUUUAUACCUGAACUCUUAUAUUUUUUGAAAAUAUUUUCUUAAAUCUGGGAUUUCUAAAUCCCAAAUUUAAAACAAACUUUUUCUCUUCACCAGCUGUCAAGUCACAAGUUAGGAAAUUAGACGCUUAUGAAAAAUCACAACACUGGACUGUGUAAAACAAAAUGUUAAAUGAAACAGAUGAUAGUUAUGCUGUGGGGAGUGAUUAUACUCUGUGACUGCUGAAUGUAUCCUUGAUUAUUGAAUUGAACUGGUGUGAACAUAUAUCUAUCUUUAGACAAUUCCUUGUGAACCGAAAUGAAGUUAUACAUUUUGUUCAUGACCAAUGUUAUGUGAGUUAUGUGCACUGAUUUCAGCUGCAAGGUGAAAUCACAACAGUUGCAGCUGGCUGCUGGAAUAUUACAACACUGAGAUAAGUGAUCAUCACUAAGGGCUACAGUUUGCUUUGUCAGACAUUGUGAUUUGUUGUUUAAAUCAUACACAUAUACAUUUUACAGAAAAGUAACUUUCAUGUAAAACUAAUGGAAGAAGGAAUUUAUCUGCUCGGUGUGCUUUUAGUUCAUGUGAUCUCAAAAUAUUGUAUUUACACAUUUGUAUUAUUUGAAAGAAAUCAGUCAUGAAUCAUUGCACAGUAAAUGUUGCCAAUUAUGUAAUAAUUCAAUGCAGGGAGACUAUUUAUGCUUAUGGAUAAUGAGAUGCACAAUAUAAAGUAAAAACCAGCAAUGGGAAGCUCACCAUUCCAAAAGAACUGUAUGACCACAAGGUGGCACUGUAUUAAAAGCUUUUAUUUUCAAACCUUCCUCUGUUCAUUUUGGCAAGAGAGGAAAAUGAUGUUAACUAACAACAGAAGUACCAACAACUUAUUUUUUUAGUAUGUACAGAUAAU